AUGCAUGAUACAUCAUUGAUCGAUGGUGAACAUGGUGGUGGUGGUGCAAUGACUACUGGAUAUACUUAUACUGCACAAUAUGGUGUUCGACGAGCAUCAAAUCGAACUGAUGUUUAUCGAACACAAUUCGGUUCGAUGAGUGCUGAAGAUUAUCUUACUCCAAUGCUACCAUCAUCAACUCAACGAAUUGAUGGCAAUGUUGCUCGACGUCUAUCUAGAUAUUCAUUUAUCAUUCCACCUCGUUUAUUCGUACAUCGAGGAACAGAUGAGCGUGAUGAUUAUCAUAGUUCAGUACGUCUUAAUCGUCAAGAUGUUCAACAACAUUCUACAACACAACGGACACGACAUAUAUCACCAUCGAGACAUAAUCUAGAUCAACAUACUCUAUUAACAACUCAUAUGCAUUCGUUAGGUUAUGAUCUCAAAAGCAAAACUGAGCAAUCAGGUUAUUUUUUUGGUAUACUUAUUGUACUUAGUUAUAUACUUGUCAUUGUUACAUUUCCAUUAUCAUUAUGUUUUUGUUUAAAAGUUGUACAAGAAUAUGAACGAGCUGUUAUAUUUCGACUUGGCCGGAUUUUAGCAGAUGGAGCACGUGGACCAGGCCUCUUUUUUAUACUACCAUGUAUUGAUACAUACAGUAAAGUUGAUCUUCGAACAGUUACUUUCGAUGUUCCACCACAGGAAAUUUUAACAAGAGAUAGUGUAACAGUAGCAGUUGAUGCUGUUGUUUAUUUUCGAAUAUUUAACGCUGUUAUUUCAAUAACAAAUGUUGAAGAUGCAGCUAAAUCAACAAAACUUUUAGCAGCAACAACACUUCGAAAUGUUCUAGGUACUAAAACACUUCAUGAGAUUCUUGCAGAACGUGACAAAAUUGAUACUGUUAUUCAGACUAGUCUUGAUGAAGCAACUGAUCCAUGGGGUGUUAAAGUUGAACGUGUCGAAGUAAAAGAUGUUCGUUUACCAGUAGCAUUACAAAAAGCGAUGGCUGCUGAAGCUGAAGCUUCUCGAGAUGCUCGUGCAAAAAUUAUUGCAGCUGAAGGUGAAAUGAAAGCAAGUCGAGGUUUAAAAGAAGCAGCUGAUAUUAUUAGUGAAUCACCAAUAGCUAUGCAAUUACGAUAUUUACAAACAUUAACACAAAUUGCUACUGAACGAAAUUCAACAAUUGUCUUUCCUAUUCCUGUUGAACUAUUACAGGCUGUAUCAUUGUAUAAACGAUAA